AAGCGAUGGGUGGGUGGGAGAGACUGAGGCUGCUCCUUUCUGGGAGUGUCGUGGGGUCCCGCUUACUCCUCGAGCGAAACUCAGGGUGCUGUUGAAGGUUGGCUGGGCCUAACUUCAAGGACUGGAUCUUGGCCUAGAACUGUGGUGGCUAUUGGGGUGUAUCCUGUAGGUUGCGAGAUGGCUGCGACCACAUCCUCGGGGGAGGGAAGGCCAGGAAGAGUAGUAGUAACUUCAGCUGGAAGUUUGGAUAUGAUGGAAGAAUUGCACAGCCUGGAUCCACGACGACAGGAACUAUUAGAGGCCAGGUUUACUGGAGCAGGUGUUGCUAAGGGUCCCUUGAACAAUGAAUCUUCCAAUCAGAGUUUGUGCAGUAUGGGUUCCCUGAGUGACAAGGAAGUGGAGACACCUGAAAAGAAACAGAAUGAUCAGCGCAACAGAAAAAGAAAAGGCGAACCACUUGAAACGAACCAAAACAAAAUUAUUCCCAGGGGACAUAAAAUUAGUGACUACUUUGAGUUUGCUGGUGGAAGUGGUCCAGGAACAAGCCCUGGGAGAAGUGUGCCACCAGUAGCACGAUCUUCACCACAACAUUCCUUAUCUAAUCCCUUACCUCGGCGAAUGGAGCAACCACUUUACGGAGUAGACAGCAGUGCAGCCAAGGAAGUGCCAGAGGAGCCUUCUGCUGCCCCAACUCUGGUAUCAACAAUGAUGGCAAAACAACGGCUAGAGGGCGAGCAGCUGGCACAGAGGGGUACAAGCCUCUGUUUUCCAUUUGCUUCGACCCAGCAAGGCAGCCCCUCAUCUGCGGUUUCAGGAAACACAGAGCAUUCCUGCAGCUCUCAAAAACAGAUUUCCGUCCAGUACAAACAGACUCAGUCUGAUCUUACAAUGGAGAAAUUAUCUGCAUUAGAAAACAGUAAGAACUCUGAUCUGGAGAAAAAAGAAGGCAGAAUAGAUGAUUUAUUAAGGGCAAACUGUGACUUAAGACGACAGAUAGAUGAACAUCAGAAAAUGCUUGAGAAAUACAAAGAACGGUUAAAUAGGUGUGUAACAAUGAGCAAGAAGCUACUUGUAGAAAAGUCAAAACAGGAAAAGAUGGCUUGUAGAGAUAAGAGUAUGCAAGAUCGGUUGCGUUUAGGUCACUUUGCUACAGUCCGGCAUGGAGCCUCUUACACAGAACAAUGGACAGAUGGCUAUGCUUUCCAAAAUUUAAUCAAGCAGCAAGAAAGGAUAAAUUCCCAAAGGGAAGAAAUAGAAAGGCAACGGAAAAUGUUAGCAAAACGAAAACCACCUGCCAUGGGCCAGGCUCCUCCAUCUACUACUGAGCAAAAGCAACGCAAGAACAAAACCAAUGGAGCAGAAAAUGAGACGUUAACAUUAGCGGAAUAUCAUGAACAAGAGGAAAUAUUUAAACUCCGACUAGGUCACCUUAAAAAGGAAGAAGCUGAGAUUCAAGCAGAAUUAGAGCGAUUAGAACGGGUUAGAAAUCUGCAUAUUAGAGAAUUGAAAAGGAUACAUAAUGAAGAUAAUUCACAGUUUAAAGACCACCCAACACUAAAUGAUAGGUAUUUGUUGUUACAUCUCCUAGGCAGAGGAGGAUUUAGUGAAGUAUAUAAGGCAUUUGAUUUAACAGAACAGAGGUAUGUAGCAGUAAAAAUCCACCAGUUAAAUAAAAACUGGAGGGAUGAAAAGAAAGAGAAUUACCACAAGCAUGCUUGUAGGGAGUACAGAAUUCAUAAAGAGCUGGAUCAUCCUCGCAUAGUUAAAUUGUAUGACUAUUUCUCAUUGGAUACUGACUCAUUUUGUACAGUAUUAGAAUACUGUGAGGGGAACGAUCUGGACUUCUACCUGAAACAGCACAAAUUAAUGACAGAGAAAGAAGCCCGAUCUAUAAUCAUGCAGAUUGUAAAUGCAUUAAAAUAUUUAAAUGAAAUCAAGCCACCUAUUAUUCAUUACGAUCUCAAACCAGCCAUUGCCAGGUCUUGUCCUAUCUGCUUUGCCUCCUAUUUCUUUAAUGUACUAGCCAUUGUGCUUGAUAUUGCCAGCUUGAAGGAUGCCCAGGGGUUUGUAGUGAUUGUCUUCAUCUAG